AUCAGACGCAGUCCCAAAGAGAUGACGCGUAGUACCCGGAUGAAAUUGAAUACAGAGCAUCCUCCGUUACAAGACAUCCUUUUGAUAAACAGCAUUAGAAAUGGGGCGCAGGAAGUCGAAGAGAAAGCCUCCUCCCAAGAAGAAAAUGACCGGGAACCUGGACGUCCAGUUCACCUGCCCCUUCUGCAACCACGAGAAAUCCUGUGAUGUUAAAAUGGAACGAACGCGCAACACGGGAAUUAUAUCCUGCAGCGUUUGCUUGGAGGAGUUCCAGACUCCUAUCACCUAUCUUUCCGAAGCGGUGGACGUUUACAGUGAUUGGAUCGACGCUUGUGAAGCAGCCAAUCAAUAGUCCCGAUUUCCUUUUUACCUCACCUUCUCUUUUACAUUCCACCCCUGUGAUUGGUGCAUUAAUGAGCUUAGCACGAUGUAGCAAGAUCAAACAAUUGAAGCGUUAUUUUAUUUUGCUUUGUUUGGCCAAUUUUGCUACAGUGUGGCUGAGCAUCACACGUCCCUCUGGCUGGGACAGAGGGCCGCCAUUUUGUGUUAUAGUUUUCAUACGUCAAUGAUUAGAUUAGGAAGAAAUGUGUUGUGUUUUUUUAACAAUUAGAUCACGAUUUUUCCCUUUUUCUGGACUCAAAAUGUAUGUUUUAAAUGUAAAUGACUGAAAUUCCCUCCAGCGUAAAACAUUCCACGCCUUUAUUUUUUAUUAUUUUAGUCGUUGUAAUAAGUAUGUUUAUGAAACAGAAUUGUGUUACUUUUUGUGAAAGUAGUUUUUUUAGUUUUCAACUCCGUUAAAUGCCAAAUCUUUACCAAGUUUUUGUGUUUUUACCUGUUUAUAAGUACAUACAUCACAAUUAUGUACUUUGUAUUACACUACCUUCUGUGUAUUUUUAGGUAAUAACUAAGAAAAUGUAAUCAAAACUGUUUUCAAGUGUUUUUUAUUGCACAAAUGUCAUGUUUAGUGAAACGCGUACAAGUCGAAAAAUCAAGAAGUUAGAAAAAGUGUAACAUUUAAACAACGUUGAAACAAAGCCUUCACAUUAAGGUGAAAUGUUACUAGAAAGUUACUUAAAAUGUUGGACAGAACUAAAAAACUACAUUCAAGGGAACAAAGGGAAUGUUUGAUAAAUAAAAAAUACAGUAAGUGUACAUGUGCGUUUCCUCCACUAGAGGGCACACUUUGAUGCUGAAUUCAAGAGCUCUAAUCUACAUUUUCUGACAGUAUUUCAAAGCCAAUAAAUGUAAAUAUUUCACAUUAAACUGCUUUAUGUUGUAACUCUAGAUCACAAGUGCCUCAGCCUUAUCAGUCACUUUGUAAAUGCACUUUUCUUUUACUUCUAAUGUGUUGAAAAUGAACCCCAGAACAGCUAGUGUUAUUACAUUCAUGACAUUCGGUGGGUUAACAGUUUUUAUAUUGUGCAUGAUUCACUUGGCAAUUAAAGGUACUUUACUUUAGUACAAGUAGCAAUACGCUAAUGGAAAAAUACCACAUUAUAAGACCUGCCUUUAAGAUGUUGCUCAGGAAAAAGUAGGUAGAAAUACUGCCCAAGAAAAAUUGCCAUAGUGAGUUUAAUACGACAAUAUUGUUAUCUAUACUUACAACUUAUUCUAUGACCUCAAUUUUAAAGUCUUAUAUUUUAAAGUAACUAUAACUAAAAUAGAUAUUGGCAUGAUAGGAUUAAAGUCAGUGGAAUCGCAAAUGCUAAAUUAUUGUACAUUUCAUUCUGAUUGGCAUUAAAACAAGUCUUAAAUCUAACUUUUCUUAAACUGUAAGAACCCUGAAUAUAUGUGGCUAUCUAUAUGGCAGUGUAGUAGAAGUAUAAGAGGUAAAUACUCAAGUAAAGUACCUCCAAUUUAAAUACAAUAUCUGAUCAAAUGUACUUGUUUAAUUUAAUGUGAAGCUGGGUAAAGUGCAACAGCACUAAAGUUGACGGAGGGAAAUUCAGUAAAAGAUGGAGGAAACAACAGGACAAAAUCUACUAGUAGUGACUAACCUGACUUCAAACUAUAUUUCACAACACCUACUUCUGCUCUUUCACUUUAUAAAAGCAUUGUCCCCUUAUCAAACUGCACACAAAGCCAUGGAAAUUAUCCCUGUUUAAAAAAAAAAAA